AUGUAUCAGGAGUCGAAGAUUUUCAUGAUAUUCAAGUCACUGCGCGACAUUGUGGUGAUUGGCGACAAUGAUAUGGUCAUCACCGACAUGAACGCGGCGGCUGUGGCCUUCUUUGGCUGGACGGCCGAUGAUGUAAAGGGGAAGAGCAUCGCCUUUCUCGUCCCCACUCAUCCACUUGAUGUGCAGGAUAACACCGUCACCCUCAUGGCCCACCUUGCCAACUCUACUGACGCACCCGUAGUGAUUCAAACCACUCGAGAUCCUCACGCGACAAUGGUGGCCUGGACGAUUUUGCCUAUUCGUCUUCCCCGCGUGUACGAGUUCGGGGUGCACAUGAACAUCCGUGCCGCCCUCACCCCAAAAUUGUCUGUCUCAGACCUGAACUUUAAGAACCGCACGGUGUUCCUGCGUGUGGACUUCAACGUGCCGUUUGACCGCGAGACCGGCACCAUUCGAGACGAUAGCCGCAUUCGUGCAGCGAUGCCGACCAUUAACAAAAUCAUCAAUGACGGGGGACGCCUGGUGAUCGGGUCUCACUUGGGACGUCCCAAGAAGCCCAACGAGAAGCAGUCCCUGAGGCGCAUCUUACCUCGUCUACAGGAGUUGCUGGAGAAGGAGGUUUCAUUCUGCACGGAUCCCUUCAAGGCAGGCGAGAAGGUGAAGGGGAUGAAGGACGAGGACGUCAUGCUGCUGGAGAACCUGCGGUUUUUCAAGGGCGAAAAUAGCAAGGAGGCUGUGGAGCGGAACAAGUUGGCGUCCGCGCUCGCCUCCUUUAGUGAUAUUUUCGUUUGCGACGCCUUCGGUACAGUGCAUCGCAUGACGGCCAGCAUGACCGGCGUGCCUCGCGUCUUGGGGGCUGGGGUGACAGGCUUCCUGAUCGAAAAGGAGAUCAAUGCCAUUAGUAAGGUGAUGCGCAACCCAGAGCAACCUCUGGUCGCCAUCGUUGGCGGCUCAAAGGUGUCGGACAAAAUCAAUGUCCUCGCCUCCAUCUUCAACUUUGCACACACAGUGAUCGUUGGCGGAGCCAUGGCUUACACCUUCCUGGAGGCGCAAGGCUACUCCGUGGGCAAGAGCAAGGUGGAGCGUGUGGUGAGGGAGAAGGGUCGUGAUGUGGAUCUGCACAACACCGCUCGCGAUUUGAUGGAUCUGGCCAAGUCCCGCAAGGUGCGAUUCAUGUUGCCCAUCGAUCACAGCUGCGCGAAGGAGUUCAAAGACGCGGAGCCAUUUGUCACGAGCAACGCCGACAUUCCCGCGGAGUACAUGGGAUUAGACUACGGCCCCAAGUCCAUUGAGCAGGCGAAGAAGGCCGUCGCGCAGGCCCGCACACUCAUCUGGAAUGGGCCUCUGGGCGUUUUUGAGUUCCCAAACUUCGCUACAGGCACGAAGGCCAUCGCCGAGUCUAUCAAGGAUAAAAAGCAAAUUGUGUCCAUUGUCGGUGGCGGUGAGACGGCGGCGGCGACAAAAGACUACAAGGAGUACAUCACCCACGUGAGUACCGGUGGUGGUGCCUUCCUGGAGCUACUAGAGGGCCGCGCACUGCCAGGUCUCAUCUGCCUCACGGCUCGUGCUGCCCCCAAGCUGUAG